AAGCUGAAGAUCUCAAACUGAUCGUAACUUUUCAUUAGAAUGUGAAUAUCUUCAUUGUCCGUGGUCUCUCAUACCCUCCACACCCUGGUAUUCCCGGAUAUUAGAACAUCCUUUCCUCUGAUGCAACCCUCGUGUUCGGGUGAACUUGAUGAUUUUCUUUGUGAGGGUUGUAUUGUGUUGACAGUGAUCCGGUGGAAGCGAUGAAGCUGAAAUUGCUGGAGUCCUACUUGGGCAGUGUGACCCAGUUCCCGUCUCCGAAGGUAGAAUUGGAACAGUAUCCUACAGGGCCGCAUAUUGCGUCGCGAAUGCUGUAUAUGGCAGAAAACAGCUUUGGUGAUAUAACGGGAAAAGUUGUGGCGGAUCUUGGCUGUGGGUGUGGCACACUCGGUAUCGCUGCUGCUUUGUUAGAUGCAGCACAGGUUGUAGGGGUGGAUGUGGAUGAAGACGCUUUGGCUCUCGCCCAGGAAAACUGCGAAGAACUUGAGGUAGAGAUGGAUUUGAUUCAAGCCAAUCUUUCUGAGUUACCUUUACAAGGUCUAGUCGUGGACACUGUCGUCAUGAACCCUCCUUUCGGAACGCGACGCAAAGGAGCUGACAUGGAGUUUUUGGCGGCUGCCCUUAAGGUUGCUGGAACAGCUGUCUACUCUUUGCACAAGUCUUCUACAAGAACGCACAUCAAGCGAGCAGCCGUGCGUGAUUUUGGAGCCAAAACUGCUGAUGUCAUGUGCGAGCUAAGAUACGAUUUACAAGCGUCGUACAAGUUCCACAAGCAGAAGGAGAAAGACAUCGCUGUUGACUUGUGGCGUUUCACAACAUCAUCAGUGUAAUCUGGAGGUAGAAAGUGCCGCACAAUCACUGAUGAUUUGAAACUUCUCCAUUGAAUCAUCUAGUGGAACAAUUCUCUUUCAAAAUUGCACUUGUGGCUAGCACAGCUCUCUAAUUCCCAAUGUGCAACAAGACGCCGUCUUUUAGACCCAUUGCUACCGAGUUAGUGUAAUACAGUGAAAUUUCAGUUCUUUGCCUUGUGGUGGUGCCCUUCAUCUCUGAAAGUGCUUCCCGCUUUACCUCCUGCACACGGUGUUGUAGCUGUUACAAAAGAGCAGGCAUACCACGAAACAUGUUGAGAAAAACGAAAAAAAAAGAAAAGUGUAGCGGCUCAUAGAAACCAGAUUGUGGAGGAUUCCAGUUUUAGAGCCUAUUGGAAUCCUAAAUUGUCAAUUGAGAACUUUUGAAAGUGGUAAUUAUUUAAAUCUUCUAAAGAUGUAUCCACUACUA